GGUCACACUCUCACUGGUCAGUGGAUUAUUAUCUGUGCUUAUUCUGUCCAGAGAAAAUGAAUAGUAAGCCUGUUUUUAUUCCAAAGGAAAAUGUGCUCAGACCCCAACAACAGCACCAGCAGCACCUGCAGCGACAGAGAGAUGUCAUCAACUACAGGAUGAAGAAGCUGGCAGCCAAACAGGUGGAGAUAACUAAAAAGAGCAGUGCAGUGAAGGAGAAAAUCCUAAAAAAGUAUGAGGACAUGAAGCGGGUUUUGGACGAGGACCUUCGCAUCACGCUGACCCAGCUGGACGCAGAGCACAAGGCCGUGGAGAGGUUAGUGGAGGAGAAGAUAGAGGACUGUUACCACCUCAGCCAGGACCUGAGCCAACGACUGGACAACCUCAGUGCCCACAUAGCAAAGGAGGCACAAGGAAUUGAUACUGAGGAUGCUGAAAAAGAAGAAAGAAUUUGUGGAACUCUGAAGUUGACCGACCCUGACCUGAUCCAGCUGGACGAGUUCAAGAAUGAGCAGCUGCUGAGUUUUACUGUCAACCUGCUGCUGUUCAUCAGAUCCCAGGUCCCUAUCACCAAGCGACUGUUUAAGAGCUAUGCUGCAGACGUCGUCCUUGACGCCGACACCGCUCACCCAAAGCUGAUCAUCUCUCCCAAAGGCGACGCAGCCACCUACACGGACGCGUGGCAGGACGUCCCUGAGACUUCCUCCCGCUUUGACAACACCCUGAACGUCAUCAGCCAGCAAGGCUUCAGCGAGGGUCGCCUCUACUGGGAGGUGGAGGUUGGUGGGAAGACCUACUGGGAGCUGGGACUCACCUACCCCAGCAUCCCACGCCAGGGCCGCGAGGAGGACUGCUGGUUGGGCCGAGGGAAGGAGUCUUGGUGUGUGGAGUACUUUAAUGGAAACUACACUGCGUGGCAUGGUGGUGUCCAGCAUGAGCUUCCACUGCUGGCGGGAAAAAGGUUCACUCGAAUUGGAGUGUGCUGCAGCUUCCCGGGAGGACUGGUGUGUUUCUUAGGAGCUGAUACCAUGACCCUCCUCCACUGCUUCUGUGCCGGGACUUUCACUGACCCCUUACACCUAGCGUUGUGUCCCGGUCACCACAACGAUGACACAAACUGGAACUCCCUAAAGAUCUGUGCUGCUUCUCGAUCUGCCACUGUUCUCUGAGAUGACCUCAGAAAUGCCUGAGGAGCACAGAUCUGACAUUCUUAACGUGACGUCGUAUCAGAUCUGAAGAAUUUAUUUUUGUCUCGAGAUUACAAUCAGCAGAUUAUGUUGUUCACUUCCAGUAACUCUAUCUAUAAAAAGUACAAGUCAUUUUUUUUAUGUAUUUAAACCAUUUUCAGUCAAAUUCUUUAUUCCUAUGACAAUACUAAAAUCAACAAUUAGUAUAAGUUGACCUGUCAGUAAAGACAAGAAUAACCUACAAAUUAUAUAUAAGCAAAAUAGAAAUAUAAAAAUUGCACCAACUAAUAAGAGAAUAAAAUAAUGUUUAAAAAUCACACACAUUGUAUAAAAAAGACAAAUUUAAGUGUAUAGUAAGGAUUUUUUGAGUCUGAUACCGAUAUCAAAAACUUGAGUAUCUACCGAUACCGAUAUUAUUCCGAUACUUUUCAUUUUUGAACAUUUAUGAACGCAUGAAUCUGUUAACAACACAUUUGUGCUGAGUCAUAAUUCUCCACCUGUGUCACAAAUACUGUUCUCCCAAAAAGAGGAAAUAAACAGCCCAAACAUGACUCAGCUAAAAUGCUUUUGCAGAUUUGUAAUUACAGCCUUCCCACCAUCACUUCAGAGGAGCUUGUGCUUCACUAUAAUUGAUUUAAUUAAUUAAUUACAGUUGUAUUGAUUACACCAAACCAGUGUCACUUUUAUUUUAUUUUUUAACCUUCCAGGUUUGUAAAAUCAUUUGCUGUAAACAAGUUACCCAGUUUAAUGGCUUUGUGUUUUAAAAAAAAAAACUUAGAACACUAUUUAGAUAUCUAAAUAUAUCUAGAUUUCUUUUUAAUGUUUUUAUUUUCAGGCUUAGAAUGAAAACAUAGUCAUAAAUAUUGCAUUCAACAGCUGUUGAUACCGUGUGUGUGUUGCCCCAGGGCCAGAUUUGGCCCGCUGACUAGUUUCAUUUGGCCCUCGUCCUUGAAAUGUAACAGUGAGGUUACAUGCCAUUAUCUUAAGAUGUUGCAUAAGUUGAGUUUGAUGAUGAUGAUGAUGAUGAUUAAUUCUUUAUAACCUUUUUGUGACCUUCCUCUUGCUUCAUUUAUGUCAGCAUGGCCCUCUGGAACCAAAUCUUGCCCACCACUGUUCUACACACUUGACAUUUCAUUUCUCAUCUUCCUUUGACACUAUCUUUUCAGUGUGGAAAAUACAAAGAAUAAAUCAUGAUGUCAAAUGCUGUAGAUCUUAAGAUUGAUUAAUUUUCUCCUGGGUCACAAAUCUAACAUAAAACAAUUAAAGCAAUCACCAUGUUGCACCAAUAUAUACAUGUCACUUGUAUUAUAUUGCUAUUGAAUAAAAUCACAUUGUCUCCAUUUACAGACGUGGAAGAAAAAUGACACAACAAUCGUAACAUAAUAAAUUCUUUUUAAUACAACAAAAUGUACAUAAGCAUCCCAAUGUUUUGAAGUUCUUUAAAAG